CUGGUAGGUGACACUACGUUUUAGCAAUCACUGAAGCAGCAAGUCCCUAUUCGGAAAUACAUCUAUUACUUCUUCUUACAUGUGUUUAUUUGCCUAACCCUCCCCCACCCUUCCCACAUACAUUCUCUCUUUCUCUGAGGGUCCAAUUUUCCCAAGAAACACACAGAUGCCGUUGAAAAUGGGCAUUCAAAUCAGUGAAAGACGCACAAUAAAGACAAAACCCCCAGCACUGGGGAACAGUCCAGCGAAAGCCUGAGCUCUCUAAUGCACUCCCCUUUCCCCCCUGGAGUCUGAUCCUGUUACCGUCACUGCAGCUCAUCAUCUGUCUCAGAGAAGCACCAGCGGACAGAAAAGGUGGGAAUCUAUGCAAAAUGAGUUGUUUGACCAACAUGAUGCCACAACAUGCCGUCACCAGCGCACCCAGGGGCUCUAAAAUAAAAGGAAGAACAACAAUGUGCUUAACAAUAAUUGAUCACUGAAGAGUCAGAAGGUGGUGGUGGCUUGAGGGGGGAGGAAAUCACAGGAGACCAUGGGUUAGAGAGAGCAACAGCAGCAGCGCUGUGGUGUGUACCAAGGAUGGGCUUGAAGACUGGGCUGGUGUUCUGCGAUCAGCAGCUAUCCCACUUGCAGCUGCAGAGGGUAAGGCUGGGCUUUCUGGAGUGCAGCGCUUGGCUCGUCCUCCCUCCCUCCCUCUCUCGGCGUGUGUAGCGCAGGCGGCUCUGCUGCUGCAGCGUCAGGGAAGAGCCGCCGAGAGAGGCUCCAGCCGCUCUCACCACUUUGGGCAAACUUGCUGGUUUACUGCUUUUUUUCCGAGUGGGAAGCGGCGCCUCACUCGCCGUUCAACAUUUUAAAGCAGAAGCCGCUUUGCUGCGAAAGCGCCUGAACCACACUUCUCUGGAAGGCACAAGAUUUCACCCGCCGAGGCGGUGGGGUUCAGAGGAGACAAUUGACUGGUAUCCUUUUCUUUGCAAAGAGGACUGCAUUUUUAUAAAUCGCACCGCGGCUCUCCUCCCCGCCCCUUUGCCAUUCCGCUUAUAUGGAUGUAAUUCAGAAUCUGUUAAUUCACGUGGGGGAUCCAGUUACAUCUCGUUCCGCUCCGGGUAUAUUAACGAGAGAGCAAGGCAAUAAUCGCCUUUGGACACAUAGCCUUGUUGCUAACCUUUGAACUGAAAGGAUCAAGUUCAGCUCUGGUUACCUGCAUUGGGACGGAAAGGAAGAAGAGAGAGAGAGAGAGAGAGAGAGAGAGAGAGAGAGAGAGAGAGAGAGAGACUGCAAUCUCAUUUGUGAAUCGCUCUCACAGUGCUGCAGAUCCAGAUUGCUAUAACACAUGCAGUGGAAAUGCAGGUAAGGCACACACACAAACUGCGGAUGCAAAAACAAACUUGGGACUCUUGUGUGUGUGUAUGUGCAUUGCUCCAGCUCUGGAAAUUUUGGGCAAACGGCUUCUGCAGUUUUUGUAGCGUUGCUUUGUGACUAAUGACCUUGCGCAGAGUUGUUAAAAAAAAUCCUCUACGGAGAAAGAACUGAACAUUUUAGGCGAUCUGUGAAGAUGGAUUUGGGUGCUUUUCUGCUAACCGAAGGGGAUUUUCUGUGGACUGCUCUGUGAUACAGGGGGUUCUCGCCUACCCACUGUACAGCUACCGGUAUUACUGGGAUUUUUUUAAUUUUUAUUUUAUUUUGAUCAGUUAUUUAAUUGUAUUUUUUGCCCAUUGCUAAGAGGAUUGGGAGUUUUCCGGACACAACUCCUUUGAAUGAGGCGAUUCACAUUUUUUUCCGUGUGCGUGCAGAGUGGGGAAAGAAAAGAGCUAAUGCCUUAGUCGUAAACGGCUGAGAGAGACAGAGGGAGAAGAGUGUGAAUUGUACUUAACUCUAGGAGCAAAGAAGGCGACCUGGGGAGGGGGGCUUCGAAUAGCGCCGUGCUGCUCCUGCUUUUAUUACAAACCUUGCAAAGUGAUUACAGUGAGGAGGAGCAGGAAAAUCCCGUCCUAUCUGUUGAGAUGAAUCUUUAAAAAGCAAAAUACACUGUCCCAUCAACUGUAAGCAUAUUGCAACUGGAAGGAAGGGAGGAGAGGAGCCAACACUAGGGUUUUGAUCACCGAUUGCACCAGUUAUGAGACAAUAAGUUUCCCGGAAGAGAAGGAUUUUAUAAUUGAUCACCCGCACGCCGAGCAUUUCUGUUGGCUUGUCAGGGGAGUUGGUGGGAGAGAGGAGGGGGUUUUUGGUGAGAAGAAGAUGAGGAAGAUGCGGACUCUCUUUGGCUUUGUGCAUUGCUGCUGCUGCUGCUUCUUGCUCCUGCUGCCUCCGCCGCUCUGGGUCAGCCUGGCCGCGGCCAAGCAGCUGCUGAGGUACCGGCUGGCCGAGGAAGGACCUGCCGACAUCCGCAUAGGCAACGUGGCUUCGGACCUGGGCAUCGUGACUGGCUCUGGAGAGGUGACAUUCAGCCUGGAGUCGGGCUCCGACUACCUGAAGAUCGAUAACAUGACCGGGGAGCUGAGCACCACAGAGCGGCGCAUAGACCGCGAGAAGCUGCCGCAGUGCCAGAUGAUCUUCGAUGAGAACGAGUGCUUCCUGGACUUCGAGGUCUCGGUGAUCGGCCCUUCGCAGAGCUGGGUGGACCUCUUCGAGGGCAGGGUCAUCAUCCUGGACAUCAACGACAACACCCCCACCUUCCCCUCGCCCGUCCUCACCCUUACCGUGGAGGAGAACCGGCCCGUAGGGACCCUCUAUCUCCUCCCCACCGCCACCGACAGAGACUUCGGCCGCAACGGCAUCGAGCGCUACGAGCUGCUGCAAGAGCCCGGCGGGGACGGGGGCAGACGCGGAGGAGGGGGGUCGGCUUCUGCAGCUGAGAGCGCCCUCUACCCCGGCGGCAGUAAGAGGAGGCAGGAGCCGGACGGGGCGGCCCGCAGCAGCGUGUUCGAGCUGCAGGUGGCCGAUACCCCUGACGGGGAGAAGCAGCCGCAGCUGAUUGUCAAGGGGGCGCUGGACCGAGAGCAGAGGGACUCCUAUGAACUGAGCCUGAGGGUGCGGGACGGCGGCGACCCGGCCCGCUCCUCCCAGGCCAUCCUGAGGGUGCUGAUCACCGACGUGAACGACAACAGCCCCCGCUUUGAGAAGAGCGUCUACGAGGCGGACCUGGCGGAGAACAGCAGCCCCGGGACCCCCAUCCUGCAGCUGCGGGCCGCCGACCUGGACGUGGGGGUGAACGGGCAGAUCGAGUACGUCUUCGGGGCGGCCACGGAGUCGGUGCGGCGCCUGCUGCGUCUGGACGAGACCUCGGGCUGGCUCAGCGUCUUGCACCGCAUCGACCGGGAGGAGGUGAACCAGCUCCGCUUCACCGUCAUGGCCCGGGAUCGGGGCCAGCCGCCCAAGACCGACAAGGCCACGGUGGUGCUGAACAUCCGCGACGAGAACGACAACGUGCCCACCAUCGACAUCCGCAAGAUCGGCCGCAUCCCGCUGCGGGACGGGGUGGCCAGCGUGGCCGAGGACGUGCUGGUGGACACCCCCAUCGCCCUGGUGCAGGUGUCCGACCGCGACCAGGGCGAGAACGGCGUGGUGACCUGCACGGUGGUAGGGGACGUGCCCUUCCAGCUCAAGCCGGCCAGCGAGGGCGAGGGGGAGCCCCAGAACAAGCGCAAGUACUUCCUGCACACCUCGGCCCCGCUCGACUACGAGGCCGUCCGUGAAUACAACGUGGUGAUCGUGGCCGUGGACUCGGGCAGCCCCAGCCUGUCCAGCAACAACUCGCUGCUGGUGCGGGUGGCGGACACCAACGACAACCCGCCCGUGUUCGGCCAGGCCGUGCUGGAGGUCUCCUUCCCGGAGAACAACUCGCCCGGGGAGAGGGUGGCCACGGUGGCGGCCACGGACGCGGACAGCGGCAAGAACGCCGAGAUCUUCUACUCGCUGGAGCCCUCGCCCCUCUCCUCGGAGGCGCCCGGCGGCAUCUUCAGCAUCGACCCGGACUCCGGGGACGUGCUGGUGCAGGCGGUGCUGGACCGCGAGCAGCGCGACACCUACGAGUUCCAGGUGACGGCCCGGGACAAGGGGGCGCCGGCCCUGCAGGGCUCCACCACGGUGGUGGUGCGGGUGGCCGACCGCAACGACAACGAGCCGCGCUUCAUGCAGGACGUGUUCACCUUCUACGUGAAGGAGAACCUGCAGCCCAACAGCCCCGUGGGCAUGGUGACCGUGAUGGACUCCGACCGGGGCCGCAACGCCGAGCUCAGCCUCUCCAUCCAGCCCGGGGAGCAGGACCAGGCCGCCGGCAUCUUCUCCAUCGAGAACGACACCGGCACCAUCUACUCCACCGUCUCCUUCGACCGGGAGCAGCAGACCAGCUACACCUUCAAGGUCAAGGCGCUGGACGGAGGGGAGCCGCCCCGCUCGGCCACCGCCACAGUCAAUCUCUUCGUGAUGGACGAGAACGACAACCCGCCCGCCGUCACUUUCCCCAGCAACAGCUCCUACACCGUGCUGCCCCCCUCCAGCAACCUGCGCACCGUGGUGGCCACCGUGCUGGCCACCGACGCGGACACGGGCCUCAACGCCGACCUCAACUUCAGCAUCGUCGGGGGCAACCCCUUCAAGCUCUUCGAGAUCGACCCGGCCAGCGGCGUGGUGUCCUUGGUAGGCAAGCUGGCCCCCAAGCACUACGGCCUGCACCGCCUGGUGGUGCAGGUGAACGACAGCGGCCAGCCGCCCCAGACCACCACCGCCUUGCUCCACGUCUUCGUCAACGAGAGCCUCUCCAACGCCACCGUGGUGGAGAGCCAGGUGGCCCGCAGCCUGCACACGCCCCUGGCCCAGGACAUCGCCGGCGACCCCAGCUACGAGCUGAGCAAGCAGCGGCUCAGCAUCGUCAUCGGGGUGGUGGCCGGCAUCAUGACGGUGAUCCUGCUCAUCCUGGUGGUGGUCAUGGCCCGGUACUGCCGUUCCAAGGGCAAGCACGGCUACGAGGCGGGCAAGAAAGACCACGAGGACUUCUUCACCCCGCAGCAGCACGACAAGGCCAAGAAGCCCAAGAAGGACAAGAAAGGCAAGAAGGGCAAGCAGCCCCUCUACAGCAGCAUCGUCACCGUGGAGGCCUCCAAGCCCAACGGGCAGCGCUACGACAGCGUCAACGAGAAGCUCUCCGACAGCCCCAGCAUGGGCCGAUACCGCUCGGUCAACGGCGGCCCGGGCAGCCCGGACCUGGCCAGGCAUUACAAAUCCAGCUCGCCGCUCCCCACUGUCCAGCUUCACCCGCAGUCCCCCACCGCUGGGAAAAAGCACCAGGCCGUGCAGGAACUGCCCCCGGCCAAUACUUUUGUAGGGGCAGGAGACAACAUCUCCAUUGGAUCGGAUCACUGCUCCGAGUACAGCUGUCAGGCCAGCAGCAAGUACAGCAAGCAGCCAUUUCGUAGAGUGACGUUUUCUGUUGUGAGUCAGCCUCAGGACCCACAUCAAGGGUCAUUGCAGAGUUGCUAUGACAGCGGUCUGGAGGAGUCAGAAACACCAAGCAGUAAGAGUUCAUCAGGGCCAAGACUGGGUGCCCUUCCACUCCCAGAGGACAACUACGAAAGGACUACGCCGGAUGGCAGUGUUGGUGAGGCAGAGCAUAUGGAAAAUGACUCGAGGCCUCUACCAGAUGUAGCCCUGACGGGCAAGUGUACUCGAGAGUGUGAUGAAUAUGGCCACUCGGACUCCUGCUGGAUGCCAGUACGCACUUCGCCUGAAAGGAAGCAGAAGAGCCAGCCAAAACUCUCCACCUUCAUGCCCGUUGAUGAACGAGGCAGUCAGGAAAAGCUGGCCAAUGGAGAAGCCUCCCUCAUGGGUGAUCGCAACAGAAACCUCCUGAACAAAAAGUUGACCUCAUCCUAUGAGACCUUCAACGCAGCUAGCUUCAGCAAAAAUGAGGAAGCCAAUCCAGAGGAUAUCCCCCUUACACAGACAGGGGAAUACAAGCCAUCUCCUGUCAAUACUCUAACUAGAAGAGAAGUUUACCUGUAGGUUAUAAAGAAGCCACAACAAGGUUCAUUCAUGCAUAAGAAGGAAAAGGGGCAAAAAAUCUUAAAAUCAAAACAGUUUAGCACGAAAAAAGGAAAAAAGAAAAAAAAAAAAAAAAAAAAAGAGGGGGCCACCAAAGAGACAAAAGCUUUGCCUGCCACUUCUGCCUCCAUAUCAGGCGUUUAAUUAUAUAGUCUGCCUGACUAUACUGUACAAUGUAGAAACCAUUGUUGUCCUUGCAUGUCUAAUCCCCCUCACUGAUUUUUAUUUUCUUAAAUUUAUGGUUGCAAAUUGCUUUCAUGGUAACAAGCCUGAUUAAAAGAACACAACACACUGUUGUUACCCCUCUGCUGAAGCAUGAUUUAAGCCACUCUGAUUUUGUUUGAUUGUCAUCUGGCUUGUUAAGGAUAACAGGUCAGGGAAAAUAUACUCCAAGCAUAUCAUCUGAACAUUGCUGAUCCCCAGCAGGGAUGUUCCUUCAGAAACCGUACAAAUAUAGAGGUAAAUAUAAAGGGAUAACCAUUAAUAGGCACUUUGUGAAGAUCACAGCUUUAAUAUUCUCACCUAAGGCUUGAAGCAAGAGAAUUAUACUCAGCCUGAGACUGCAGUCCAAAAGGUGGUAUAUUUCCCUAUGAAUCAUGAACUCUGGGUUCUGUUUUCUCCAUAGAAUGAACUCUCUAUCGGCUUACUUCAGCGUAACAAAAUUAAUGUCAUAUGUACCGUAGCAUUCUAAUGAUAAACUGUUAAACUCAUGUUAUUUUGGACAAGACAUAUAUCUAGUUGGGAUGAUCAUAGUAACUAAAAAGGCCAAAGAUCGUGCACUAUGGAUCGGGGAAUUGCUAAGUAUUUGGUCUUGGCUUAGAAAUCCAGUGUACCCACAAACCAUAUGCAUGCACACAUAAAUACACAUUCAAUUACAUUUUGCACAGCAGCACAGUCCACAAGCCCAGAUGACCUACUACUACUUCAAUGGAUUUUAGUAGAAUGCCCAAAAGAACUGCUAAGAUGUUUGCUGAUAAUGUCAUAACAUACAGCAUCUGCUGUAUGAUAUGAUACUGCCAGUUCCAGGGAAUAUUUUCCAAAAGGUUACAUUUAAAAAAAAAAAAAAUCAGAGGUGUUGAUGUCACCCAGAACACUUUUCGGGUAGGGUGGAUGGGGGGAAAGUGGUGUGAUGCAGUGACAAGAGUAUAUUGCAAGUCAAGUAAAAAUUUUUCUUUUCACAGUGCAAGGUAUGCUUGCUAAAUCUUUUGUCAUCAAUGUUGCAGAUUACCAAUUGUGUUUGUCAAAGGUAUGAUGCAGGUUUUCUUGAAACACAAGUGCAUUAAAACAGUCCUGUGCAAUAUGAAAAAAAUGUCAAGACUCAACACACUUAAGGAGGGUGACAAACGGUCGGACUGACUUAAGCAUUGAUACAAUACUUUACACAGUAGCUUGAGAGAAGUCACAAGGAAUCCAAACUAACAUGAUAGCAAAGAGCUAUGGCCAGUGACAAUUCUCACAGUGUGUACUACUUAAAGGGAAUAGGAAACAAAACAGGUUUUUGUGCAAUAAAAGCAACAAAAUGUGCAGAACUUGAGCUAGUUGCUUCGUAGCUGAUGAUGUAGUAAUAAUUGAAUACUGAACUCAGACAUUCAGAUGAAAAUGACAAUCAGUCAACACAGUGGGGACAGUUUGAGAAGGGUGCAAACAUUCAAAUCCCUGGUUGUUUAACCUGGCAUUAAGGCAUGGUUAGAUGGCUGUCGAGUAGACUGUAGUAACAAUGUAGUUUUGGGUAGUUUCUUCCUUUUGAAGAAUUAAAUAGAGAAUAUAACAUUAAACAGCCUGAAAUAUAGGUUAGUAAAUCAGUACAAGUCAUCACAACAUUUACUUUUCAAAUUCUCUUCUCUAUAUAGAGGGGUGCCCUUUUUGGCCAUUGCAUUCCCCUCUUAAAUUUAAUUUUCAUUUUGAGGCUAGUUUGUGUGUAGAAGUUAUGAUGAAUGGACACAUGUUAUGAAGAAAAACAUAUUAAAACAAAGAUUAAUAAUUGAACUUUUUUACAUUUAAUUAUUUAAAUUAUGGAGAGAUGAAAAUUAGUACUUUAUUAUGAGACUGUAAAGAGCAGUGACUGCAUUGUAUAAUCUGUAAGUACCCUGUUAAGGAAAAAAUAAAAGAUUCUAAAGAUGCUUAUGUAAUGUAUACACAGUUUUAUUGCACGCUUCAACAGAAUACAAAAUUGCAUAACAGAUGUUCAACAUUUUUUUUUUCUUUAAUAGGAACUUUUUAUUUAAUACUGCAGUUGAAAACCACUAGAUGACUUGUUUCCAUAUAUCUUUAAACCCUUUUUCUAAAAAGCUAAUAAUACAGGUCAUACAAGACCUUCAGAUUAAAUGGAUCAACAGUCACUCACCUGUUUUUGCACCAUAUAAGGCAGUCAUGCCAUAGUCAUUUACUUGUGAGCAACUCCUUAGAACUAAAAUGGGUGUGGAAAGAAUAAUUAAAAAAAAAUCAAUGUACUUUAAAUAUUCACAGUAAUUCUAGUAGAACUACCCAUCAUAACAUGUCAAUUACUAUUAUGACCUGGCAUGACACAGAAAUACAUUUUGUGUUUGUAGUUUUUUUCAUCUGAAAUAGGUUAAUCUGGUGCCACUCCAUAUAGAGAGUGCUUUUGUAAAAAUAAACACAUAAAACAAAAUGAAGUAAAAAAAAAAAUUAGAUCGAAUGCAAAAUAUGCAACUGUGCCUUUUAUACCUGUUGUUAUAGUAGAAAGGUGAUUGGGUUUGGGCACUGAGGGGUAAUGGGCUAUUCCCAACUUUUUUGAACCUGUAUAUUGAUCCCUGUUUAUUUUCUGAUAAAUUAUAAAUAAUAUAUUUAAAAAAAUGCCUUCUGCCAAACUCAGAUAUUGGACCAGUCUUAAGUAUCUUUGAUUAUGAAAACCAGAUUGUAGCUUAGCUAUGCACUGCUUUUUUGUUUUCCUUCCAAUCUACUGCCUGGAAGGCUACAGUAUAGAUUACAAUAGAUAAAUACCAUAUAGUUAUUUAGCAAGGUGUCAUAAGUUCAUUUUGCCAGGAAAAUUGAUGAUUUAGUGUCUCUUAAUUGCUUUUAGCUGUCAUUCCAUUUGGUUGUACAGUAUAAAAAAAUGUCCUUUUUUUCCUUCCAUGGGAAACUCAAAUGAACUUUGCAUGUAUUUUACAUUAGGACACAUUUAUAGAUUGAUGCAUAACUAUAUAACUUUAUAUGUAUUAGAGAAGUCUGUAGCUUCAGUCUAAAAUCUAAUGUUCCUUCUGAACGUCCAGAUCUACUAUAUUAUUCAAUAUGGUUUCUGACUGGCCUGCUGCCUGAGUUUCAGAAAAAAACCAAGGUAGACAUUAUUUUUAUGUGAGGAAGAACUAAAAUGGGAUCGAAGAUGCUUGGCUGAAAGGCUACCCUAGGAAAUUGUCAAGUAGGAAAUGUAGAGCAAGGCCAAAUGAAUCUGCCAUAAAUAUUGCUGUUGCUAAAAGGCUUUUAAAGAACUUGAACAAUAAAGCAGUUUAUGUUAUUAUCAGUUAUAAAUAUACAGUGUUUCCUUAAGAAAUGAAAGACAACAGUAGAGGACAACAGUAGAAAUGAGUGUAGUCCAGCAACUAAACUGAGUUGCUGCCCGAAAAGCAUAACACAUGGAAGAAGGCAUCAUUUUCCAGCUACCUGGGGUACACUUUCAAACAACUUUUUCCUAAAUUUUAAAGCACUUGCAUUCAGUGUGGUACGAUCUGUUUGUAAUAUUAAUCAUUGACUAUUGUUCUGCAACUUGGUUGUUAAUAGUGAAGCAGAGAACAAUUGAUCAUUGUUUAUUAUGAGUCACUAUGCACGCACCUAUGCUAAACAUGGCAAAAUGUAUUAAACGCUAGUCCACCUCUAUUUAUGAAAUAUUUUACAUAAUUUAAUUUGCUUUUGUACAGUUUUAUGUAAAUAAAUUGCUUGUCAUUUUUGUCUCUGCAAAUUAAAAAUAUAACAUGUUCAAAUGGU